AUGUAUGAGUGCGCGUGGCGGUUAGGCGAGAGAGAUGGGAUCGGUGAGGGUCGGAUUCGGGCAACCUGGGACGUGGUUUCGGGUACGGUGCGCAGGGAGGGCUCGAACGCGGUGAAGGCGGCGGGAUUGAGGGUGAUGUUGGCGCUCGCGCGUUGGAGCGCGCGCUAUUUGGGCGCGGAGACGUUAUGGGCGCACGGACGCGCUUUACGAAGAGAUUUCGAGCGCACGACCAAGAAUAGUAAGACAGUGAGAGGGUUGAUACUGCGCGUCAUCGGUGCCGCGCACGUCGGGAUGAAAUUGCAGGGUUUGACGCUCGACGUCUUAGGAGAGAAGGUCGCCGCCGAGGCGCCGACGGCAGAGUGGUUGCUCAAGGCAUCGUGUCGCGUCUUGGAUGCCGCACUUGACGACGAAGACACCUUGAAGAAAGAGAUAAUUCUCAUUGCGAGCGCUCUAGACGCGUUGACGUCGGCGCUGACGGCGCACGGUCAGGAGAAUGAUCGGUUGAACAAUGCUUGCGUCGUUCGCAUCGUCACGCGCGCAGUGGCGUACCGCGUGGCAGGACAGCGUCACGACAUGACUAGAUCGGCGCUGGAACUGAUUUCAGAGCAUGUCAGAACGUUGAGGCAUGAGUUCGUGAAGGUAGCUCCUGAGGUUUUCCAGAUUCUCCUGAAUCUUCGAGUGUCCAAAACCAGCGAUGUCGCUCGGUUAGCCGGGGAGGCGUACGAAAAGUUUGUGCUCGCCAUGAGUGAUGCGUUUGAUUCCGACGCGUCUCCUUCGCGAGAAGCGCGAACCAAGCUGCUCGAGAAGAUUAUGGAAUCCAUAAUUCACAUUUUAGACGACGAUUCGGCAUCGCAUCGAGAUAGGACAGCUUGCAUUCGCGCUUUGGGCAAGUUUGCCGUUCCUGCGCUAGAGCUUGGCGUGCGUGGUGCUGAUAUGAAUGCAUACUUGGGACGCUUGGAGAGGCUCUCAAUGUACACAACAUUUAGACAAGGACACAAUGAAUUUCAAGGGCGUUUCGAGAGCAUAGAGAGACAAGUGAGCUUACUCUCAGCUUACAGCGAUUUGUUGCGCAAACGAGAAAUUAUGGUUGAUGAAGCUCUGAUCGUUACUGUUGGUGAUUUAGUAGAAUGGUUGUGGGAGCACUACGCUUUCGAGCACUCUCGACGUAAACCGUUGAUUCAAAACGCUCUCUGGAAUUUGUUCGUUGCCCUCUCUUCCAAAGGUUGCGCAUUGCAAACCUUGUUGACUCGCAUAGGUGCAAAAUUGUUGGGAUUGACACUUAGAGUGUCGCCCCCAGAUCCAGUGGACAAGGCUCUCUACAGGGCAUCACCAGUGCCAAUGUGGCCUCGCUACGUCGAGCUUUGGACGACUUUGUUGGGUCGCGUUGACGAUACCGUGUCGCGCUAUUCUGAGUUGAGUGAUCGGGACAUACAGAUAGCCACUGCCGCAGUGUACGGAAGCUUUGUCAGCGAGCUUCUAAACUUUUGCAUCACACUCAAUUUAGGCAUCGUCACGUCCACGGGACUGAGUACAUCGCUACAGCAAGAUGAUGAAGUUGAUGCCGUAGCGGUGGCGGUGAGCCUUGGUGACGAGGCGAAUGCCUCUAAUCCUGGAGAUAUGCAAACAUUUUUACAACUAGUAGAGUUUUCGCAACGAGUCAUUGACGAAUCACCUCCAGAUUCGCUGCUACCUUGGGUGGACCACUUGAGCGACGAGUUGAUGCGCAUGGCGAAUCAAAAUAGUUCGUUGUCUGGAUUUUACAAGCUUAUUGGAGCAAUAGUCAGUGCGGCGAAUCGAGGCGGGUACUUUAGUAACUUGAAGUCGGCGGAAUCCGAACGAGUUCUCUCACUCUUCCAAUCCUUCUUACGUGACGUUUUACAAGACACAAGGCGAUUCUCGGGAGAGCUCUUAGCCGCUGUGCUACGGCUUUUGUUAUCACUCCCUUCGGUUAUUCUUCCGAUGGCUGACCUUAUCAGUCCUUUGUUGCGAGCUCUCGAACUUGGAUUGCAAUACCCGGGUAUGCCCAUCACUGGCGUUGCACUCGACACUCUCGAGCGCUGGAUCGACGGUAAACACGUGGCAAAGGUUUCCCAAUACCUUCCACAAAUAGCCAAACGCCUUUGCGCGUACUUGGAUAGCGCGGCAAAGUCCGAUUCUCUGUUCUCAAGUAAUGAAACUGAGGAUGAGAAACGAUCGAUUGUCAUUUGGGGAGGCGGGAAGAAGAGGAAACAGCUGGCCGGAAAAACCGAGGAGCAAGAAGAUGUCGUACUAAAACGAGCGACACUCAUUCGAAUCACAAAGAUUAUCGGAGCGAUGGGCGGCGCCGGGCACGGACUUCUCGAAGACAUGAAGCCGAGCAAGCUUGACUUACCUUGGGAUCGCAACUGCAAGCUGCCAACUCCGAUUGGACUCGUCAGAUCGUCAACGAAUCUAUGGUUGGAUAGUUUGCUCCCGCGUGCUUCACACUUGGCGCUUUUCUCUCAGGAUCGUCCGACGAAGGUUCACGCGUGCGAGGCCCUUUACGGAUUCUCAGUCUUUUUGAUUGGUAAAAGUGCGCACGCUCCAUCUCAUGAGUCCGGAGACUUUACUCGCACUGAAUCUCAAUAUCGUCCAAUUUUCGAAAAACUUUUCCCGAUCAUAUUCGAAUUGGCCGUCGAUACCGAACCAGUUGCUCGACAAUUGUUCAACUCUCUAUCAUUCCAGAUAGUUCGAUGGUACGCCAAAAAUCAGGCUCGAGAAUUGGACGUUACGCUAUGCCUGUUUGACGCAGUUCUCACUGGAUUGUCAAACUCAUCGAAAGCUGGCGCUGUUCGCGAUCUGUGCGCCUCACUCACUGCAGAGCUUCUUGAUUGGAGCCUGCGUUACGUCCGAGACGACAAAACGUUCGAAGGUUCCGUGAAUCACCGGUUCAUACUUCGCGCGCUGUUCGGAUUAAUUGGACACAGUAGUGCAGAACACAGGUUGGGCGCUGUCACAGCAAUUAGAAGAUGUCUCAAGCACAUCGCGAAGAAUCAGUUUCUGAUAGAUGAAUACGUUUUGAAGAUGCUUGAUGUGACUUUGAAAAGCAUGUCGCGUUCUGAUGAGCAUGCAGCUGGGUCAUCCAUGCGAGGCGCCGACGUUGCUAUGGCAGUCUUGAUUCAAGAGAUUUUACACAUCAUCCAGGCUAACGCUAAUCGAUUACUUUCUUCGCCUGGAUCAAAGGCUACGGAGUCCGUCGAACUGUUCCUGCAGCGUACACUCGAGCUCACAAUGAGUUCGGAUGAGUUUACACGGCGAGAAGCACAGAAAGUUUUUGAUGUCAUCGCACCGAUUUCGGUUUCAGACACAUCUGAGUGGUUUCAAGCGCGUUCGCACUUAGUUUCGUCUUCUAUCGAUGCGUUGGUUCCAGAGAUGAGUGCCGUAGAAUACAGCGAACGAGCGACGAUUCAAUUCAUUGCGGUCAUUCAAUGGUCAAAUUGGAUGAUCCGCAUGAGGCAUGCCGGUGGAGAAUUUUUCCCUGCCACUAGAACGAUGCACUUUCGUGCAGCUGGACUAUUCAUCGAGCGCACAGCGCAAAACGUUGAGAUAUCUAGGGAAAAGAACGCUGUGCAAAACCAACACCUGUACGUGACGCGCGAAAUCUUCGCGCUGCUCGAUACCAUUUUAAAGUCUGCGCUUCGAGGGGCCGAGAAGGACGCUCUCCUCGCGCUCAUCUUGGAUCAAGAUAAUGGUUAUGUUAAUGCGUGCAAAGUGAUGUCAGCGGCUAUAUUCUUUCCGCAGAACCUUGGAAACGAGCAGGAGGCUUCGAAAAAAUCGAUCACUCGCGCAGCUAUACAGCUAUUGAAAACUAUUUCUGUCGACAAUGGAUCAUCCAAAGCGAAGCGCUUGUAUGAGGAUGCAGUCGCCAACCUUCAGCAAAUGGUGUCAAUCCCAAAGUUUAAUCUCAGUGAGGUCGACUUAAGCUCCACGCAGGGUUGCAUCGCGGCACAACGUCUCGUAGAUGGUUACACUGGAUUGGCCUCUGUCUCCAUGCUCCGUCGUGUGCUGAUGCGAGAGGGCAAUACGAGCGCAAAAGUUCUCGCCGAAGUUGCUCUGUCGCGCGUGUGCGGGUUGGGUCAUCAUGCAAAUCCACCUCAAAGAGUCGUCGGACAGGCCAUCGUGAAGCUAUGUUUGCAUUUAAACAUCGCCCCAAACGUACUCUUGGAUUUCCUGUUGGAUAGGCGAGGUCCAAAUUCUGGCAAACAACUGGGUGAAGCGCUCUAUCGUAACUAUCGAGAAUCGUUCAUUCGCACGUGCGAAUUCCAAUUUGACGAUUACGCAACUGAUCUGCUGAUAACAACCAGCGCGGAUGUGACAUCGGCAGGUGGUAGAGUUGCGACCGACAUAAUUUUGGGCGUUGUGGAUCGCGCUACGUCUACGCUUCAAUGUGGAGGUCGAAUGAGCCUAAAUGGCGUGGGAAUACGCAACGCGAUCGAAAAGAAUAUUUCACACUUGCGUCAUCUAUACGAGGACCAUGAUAGUGCGACCGCGGAGAUGAGGAAUACGUGUCAUCAACGGUUUUUGACCAUUAUUCGUAAAGUGAUGACGUUAGAUGCGAACCUUAGAAUUGACGAAUCGAUCGCUUCAAACGACACAAUCGUGUCAGGUCUCAUGCGGUGUGUACGAAACGACUGCAUUGCUCUCAGCUCACACGUCGACGCAAUCACGAUCACUUGUGACGUGCUGCAGGAUCAUCGUGUUUUGCGCGCACAAAAGGACGCGCUAGAAAAGAGUCUCGGCGACUCGCUGAAAAAUAUGAUGGUUCAAGAGAGAUGUGAUGCGUUCACCUUCCAGAGGCGAUUUCCAUCGACUAUCAACGCUUUCAAGCAGGCUUUCGCAAUGUGCCGGUCCUUUCGUCUUAUCUCUGCUCUAGUACCAUUCUAUGACAAGUGGCUUGAGCCGUGCGUGAAAGGUGCCGUGACGAGCUGGAAUGGGGCAUUGGCACAGAGUAUUUGGCUCAUCGUUGCGGAUGUGUAUGCCGAUUUCAGGACACAAAGUCUCGCUGCAAGCACUAUCUUGCCAACACUCCUCGAGGCGGCGAAUGCCCAAGAGAUCGUUGAAUUUUUCAUGGAAAACCACGAAACGAUCAUGAAAGACGUGGGCGGCGCAAAUGGACUGCUCUGUACAUUGCGCUCUCUUAACGUUCUACUCUCUGUGUACCAGAAAUGCGAUAAGCAGCAACUCAUAGACGGUCCGCGCUCGAAGGUCCCGAAAUUAAACGCACUGGUUUCGAAAUCGCUCAUGUUUGAACUCAGUGGCCUAGGCGUCGCUGGAAAAGCUCAAUGUGGCCAGGAAAAUAUCGCUCUACGUGUGUAUCAUCUCGCAUUUUUAGUUUUUUCGUGCUUGCUCGCUAAGACGCAAACUCACGUAAAGUUUUACCUAAAGCUAUUUGAGAGCACAAAGUCAUGGAACAAUCUCGUGGAUCGUACUAAGCGGAUAGAACUUGAAGCCGAGGCAAUAAACGAGGAACCUGACUCAGCGGAAGACAUAUCACUCAAAUCUCCAACCAGGGAUGUUUCGUUCACGCUUUCGUCCACUCUGGCUGCCAUGUACUCAACGUUGAAGACCGAAAGUUGCGUCACAAGCGAUGUCAUUGACGACGAAUGGGGAAAAGAGACAGAAAUUCCAGCGAAAGGUCAACCUCGAGACGUUCUAGAGGCACAUCCUGUGUCGGAUGGAGUUUUCAGAAUACUGGAGCUUGUUACAAAGGAGGGCUUGACAGGCGGCAAUUCGGAAGAGCUACCCCCAUCAAUUCAACUUCUUGAAGCGAUCUCAAGUCUACUAUACACGCCGACGAUCUUACCAGCGGUAAAACUCUUCGUUGUUAAAGCCUUGCUCAGGCUUAACCACGAACUUGCUUCCGAUUCAGACUCGGACAUCAGCAUGCACUCCGUGUGCACAUCUCCGUCGUUGCUAGCAGCGAAUCCAGAUGUGAUGCUUUCGUUAUUGACCGCAACAAUCGAGCUCGUUAAAGAGUCUGGAGUCGAUAAUGUGUCUACGCCGCUGAGAGAGACUCUUGACGUCGCCCUGGAGUGUAAAGAUCUGUGGAACUCGAAGUUUGAUGAAGCAAAACCCUGCUUGUUGGAUGCGAUAGAGAUCGUUCUGAAGUGCGGGCACUCAAAGUACGUGGGUGUCAUGAAGGCGAACCUCGCGCUUCUCACGCGAAUGUUCGCUCGUUUGCGUGAUGCAGUGCUUUCUAUCGGUACACCACCCGCACACUGUUUUCAGAACGCCUUUCACCGCGCGAAUGAGAUUCUUGAGCUCGUCCCAAAAUCCAAAUCACAGGAAGAAAAAAGGUUUGUCACUCAAAAGAAACUGUUCGUCAUGCAAUUGAUUGCCACCUUGAUUCAUGAGGAAACAAAAGUAAUUCAAGUCGAUGAUGAGUUUGUUUUCAUAACGAACUCACGGGGGGAGCAAAUCGGCGACGGAAUUCGUUCACCGCUGAUUCAGGCCGUGAUGUCAUGUUUGAUGAGCUCGACUGAAUCGACAGGUGGUUUGUUGAAUUCAGUAGCGUCCGCAUUGCUAGGGAAAAUAAUGGAAAUUGAUGGCAAUCAUCCCAGGAGAUGGCAUGAUUACUUGCGCAAACGAUGCCAAUCGCUUUAUGACGCGCAGGCAUGGGAUCCUUUCCUGGACACACUGGAUAGAGUCACGAAACGUUGUCCUAAUUUUCCGCAUGAUACUGGUCUCGCCCCGCUUGUUCACUCUGUGAUUGACAAGGUCUAUGGAGAGAAAAAGUGUCUGGCUUUGAUGAUUGUGACGCGUUCCGAAGAUGAAGAAGUCGUACGAUCGACGUAUGAGCGAUUGCUUCCGUUUGUUACGCACCUAGUGAGGCAGAAAGAUGAGCAACUGCUGGAAGUCCUCUUUGCCGCUCUCACCCGUGGCGUCAAGGUGGCGACUAUCGAGAGCUCACAUUUGAAGCAGUGGCAUUCCGCUCUCAUCGAAGCAGACAGCGCAGUGGAUACAGAAAGCGUCGUCAACGUUCGUGAAGCGCACACUAAAAUGUGCAUAGCCGUCGCUGAAGCUUUCCCUGAACUCGUAAAUGAAGCAUCUCUCCGAGGGCCGCUUCUUCAAGCGCUCGCUGAUCCAGUGAGUACUACUUGCCGUGAUUCAGCGUUGGCUUUCUGGAACACGCGCUUACAGUACGACAGCCUUUUCGCGCGCCUUCAAGACGUCCUUAACUUGAUCCCGAACAAAAAGGUGGAGAGCUUGUGGCUUGCUGCAGCUUGCAGACUUAUGUUUGCCGUGCAACAGAUGAACUUGGCGUCAGGAGCGUCGUUGAUUGAUAGUGAUCUAUCGGAUUGUGUGUUCACGUUGGUUAAAGUAGACACCUUACGCAGACGCGGUGCAUCUCAAACCAUGAACCCGCUGUUCUCAUCAGAGUCCACGCAGCUGCAAAAAGAGGGCGUUGACGCAUUGAAGCAAAGUGUUCUGCUGGCGCAUUCACAGCAGUUAGAUGCAGAUCCGCUCUUCGCCGCUACACUUUCCUACAAGCCGGUCAAAAGGCUACCAAAGUCGGCAUACCGUGCAAAAGAUGUCUCUUCAACGCUGCAUAAAACUAGUUUCAGCGCCGUUAUACCGAAGUUCCAAGAUGCCCAGGAUGUGCAGAAGACGUUAGGCGACGUACUCCUCGACAUCGAUGGGUUAAAGCAAGAUAUCAAAUUAACUCGUUCUUACAGAACCGGAGAGCUGCCAGAUGUCAAAAUCUCGCGUAAUGAACUGAUAUUACCGUUUUUGGUCACCGCAGAACGCGACUCAGUGCUUGCCUGUGCGCUCCUAAGAGAGUUUUCGAGUGUAGCUAUGGAAGAGUUUGAGUUCAUUUCGAAGAAUCAACACGGCGGUGACUUACACGCUGAUCAUAAAGGUGGUGAUUUACGCACUGAUAAAAAAAACGUGGGAGGAAUCGCGCGCGCACUCAAAGGAUUCAUUUCAAAAAUAGAAGGAGGCGACGCUUCGGUAGUCCGUUUCGCUCUUUCUCUGUGCGAAUUCAUACCGAAAGCGACGGACAUACCCAUAAGUGACAUUGUCCGACUUGCGAGACGCGGUGAAAGUCUAGCGUCGGGUGUUGUUGCGCUGGAGUCAAUCCUGAUCUCUUCGGAGAAAGACGGGUCUUCAGAAACUUGGGAGGCUUUGGCGACGUUGUGCAAAUCGAUUGGUCAUGAUGAUAAUGCUUUACUCUCCUUCGUGAAUGCGUUCCCGAACCAAAGUGACACGAUGGUUGCGAUUCGAGAGGAAAUGACUGGAAAUCUACAAAAUUCAGCGAACAUCUACAAAAAUCUGUUACAUAAUGUCGACGAUGAUCAGUCUCCGCGAGAGCGUGAAUUUUGGACGCAUGAAUACUUUCGAUGUGCGGAACGACUAGGAGAUUGGGACGAGAUCGGGGAAAUGCUUGCGGAUGUUCGCUCGGGAAAUUUUGAAGCAGAUAUUGCCGUCGCCGACUGUGGAAUUGCUGGUGAGGCUUCUGGUGGAAGCCGUUUUUCCACAGCGUUUCGUGUCGCGAUUCGGCAGCCCUUGGUUGAUUGGUCGGCUUUCUUCGCAAACAUCUUUGCGAACGGCGAAAGCGCUCUUCGGUGGCACAGAAGCGUAGGCGUGGAACUAUCUCUGCACGAGCUCACGAAUAACAGACGAGAGCAAGCUCGUAAUGCUUUGGAGCACGUUUUCGAAGGAUUCCUCGAAGCUUGGAGUGCGACUUGUGCCUCUUCGAUCGCGAUCCGACGAAAAAUUCUACAGGCUCUGCAACCAGCUGUCGAAAUAAGCGAGACUCUGAGGGCGAUGGAGGAGAUAAACGAUAUUCUUUGCCUCUCGUCGACGGGCUCAAACAUCGAUCGAGCAAACACCAUCGUGAGCGAUCUCGACAGUAUCUGGCGAAGUCGAUGGCCAUCGGCCGUCCAUGAUCCCUCGGAAGCUUGGGAACGCGUGGUAACAUUUCGGUCACGUAUGAUGAGCACUAUCGUAGGCGUAAUUCCUGAAAUUGAGACAACGUCGAUAGAGGCGUUGCGAACAGGUAUGUGGUUAUGUGCCUCAGAUGGUCUUCGUCAAGUUGGUCAGGUGGCUUUAUCUCGCAAAUUUUUACGGCAGUAUAUCGAAAGUGUGCAGCGAACUGAAGCAUCGGAAAGUUGGAAACUUUACGAAGCGCUAUUCAAUCUCAAGCUCGCCACAGGCACAAGCAACAGCAUCGAGAAGGCGUUAGAGAUGUGUCGCAAUCAGUUGCACGAGGAGAAGUGGCAAGGAGACGACCAUAUUAACUGCUCUCUCCUCGAAGCACGUAUGUGUGAGCAUUUGGCAAGCGCUGGAGGUGACGAUUCCAUCACGUAUGGAAUCGCUGCUAUCGAAAAUUUCACGGCUAUUGCUGAGACUAGCAAGAACGUCGAGCAUGCAGUGGACGCUUCACUACGACUCGCUCACUUUUGCGAUGCAGCCCUGAAAAAGUUGCACGGAGACUAUGCACAGGCGUCAAUCUCGUCAAACUGCGCGGAAGCGCUCGAAGUUUGGCUAGCUGAAAAUCAUUCAAGUCUAUCCCAAGUUUUCAUUAGACAUACUCUUAAGUCGCUGGAAAUGUACGGAACACAGCAAUCGUUGCCCGCGAGGCAUCUUCUGCCGCGACUGCUCGUCUUACUCAGAGAUCAUAUGUCUCCGCAGACCGCACAAGAGUACAGUCAAACACUCUUGCGUGUUCCCUCUUGGCUCUUUUUGGAUUGGAUUCCACAGCUCUUAUCGAUGGUAUCUGAUACUCAGCUCCACGCCGUGACCUCGCCACUGACGCGAAGACUACUUUCAAAGUACCCAGCCGCAGUCCGGCCACACUUCAAUCUCAUGAAAGAAACGAUAAAUAGAGACAUUAGUGAGCGUAUCAGCUUUGCGCUCGCAUCGUCUUUGCACGACGGAUUCACUCGUGCGAUCGAGCUUUUGCACUUCCCAGCAAAUCGCCUCAGUUUUUGGCGCCAGCAACUAUACCUUCGGGAAUGUCAGCACGACAAGUACUCUUGCAACGAUCUCAUCGAAGUAAUGUUGCUAGAUCUUGCGGUGGUUGAUGACCCUCUUCUCGGUCCGAUCAACAAGCGUUUCGUUGAAAUCGCAUCACCAAUUCUAAACAGUGUCGUCAAGUCUGCGCUGAAGGAGAAGAUGAGCGUGAGCGAAACGCUGAAGAAAGUUGAAGUCCAGGUUCUUGAUGAGUGGCGGAAAGAAUUCCAUGGCAUUGAAAACUCCGCACGACUCCGCUUGAGCGACUUUUCUUCGUGGUUUGAACUGAUGCACUCGAGCUCUGAGCAAGUCCUAGAGGUUCCCGGUCAAUACGAUAAUAUCAUUGCGCCACCGGAUGCGAGCAAACAUGUCACGGUGAUGGGAUUCGCGCCGGACGUCCAAAUCUUCGCGUCGAAACAGCGACCAAAAAAGAUCAUAAUGCGAGGGAGUGAUGGGCAAGACUACGCGUUCAUCGCGAAAGGUGGUGAAGAUCUGCGUCAAGAUGAGCGCAUUCAGCAACUGUUUAGAGCGAUGAAUGGAAUGCUUGCAUCCUUCACAGAGUCGAGAGGCAGACGUAUGGAGGUUCGAACUUUUCACGUCGCUCCACUGACCCCUCGCACUGGUUUGAUCGAGUUCUUGAGCAAUACAUCGCCACUACUUAGACUGUUGAGUAAGCCAGUCACGGGCAUGGAUAUUGAUCCAUUCAAGGAGCAUCAACGAUGGAUCAGGGAGCAUGCGCGUGGAAUCGGAAAGAGAAAGCGCGACAUCGCCCAAGGCGAGAUGACAACAACGCACGAAGAUUAUCUCGCCGCUAUCAAUAAAGCUUCGUGCAAGGAAUCAGAAACGAUUUUAUCCCGCUUGAGGUCUUCAUCGCAUUCUAACAAUGCCUUGAGAAACAUUCUGCUUGAGUGUGCAGGAAAUGCAGAGGCCUUCUUGAUGAUGCGUCAAGCGUUUGCGGCAUCCUUGUCCUCUUCAAGUAUUUGUGGAUACGUUGCUGGAGUUGGAGACAGGCAUUUAGACAACAUUCUACUCGAUCUUUCAACAGGGCAGCUGGUUCAUAUAGAUUUUGGAUAUGCAUUUGGCACGGCGACUUCCGCACUGCCAAUUCCAGAACUUGUACCGUUCAGAGCCACGCCGGCACUCCUCGAUGUGCUCGCACCAAUGAGUGCUCGUACGUGGCUCGAGACCGACAUGGCAAGGACGGUCAAGGCUUUACAGAACGGUUCGACGCUGCUCAAGGGCGUCAUGGACAUAUUUCUGCGUGAGCCGCUCAUCGAUUGGGAGCGCGAAGCUCUCGUCGCCAGUAGAUCAUCCAAAUCCUCACACAUUCAAAGCAGGAUCACGCACGCGUGGGGAAAGUUAGAGCUCGAUAAUCCCGCAAAAUUAGUCCUCGAACAAUGCGCAUCGAGACACCAAGAUCGUUCCUACUGGACCAACAUGUGCGAAGCGCUCGUUGGUUCAAACGCCGAGCCGACGUCCAAGUGCGCUACCGUCGAGGAGCAAGUUCGAGCGUUAAUAGACUUAGCGACGAACCCAGAGCUCCUUGCCGUCGCCUGGAGCGGCUGGAGACCCUGGUUGUAA